ACCCUCUCCGGUCCGACGACUCCUGGUAACGCAGAAUCGGUCCGACCUACAGUCCCCGACACAACAUGGACGCACAUAUGAAGCCGUACUCGAGAUCCAGCGCUCGUUCCAGCGUUUGCCGAAAAUGUUGGACCCAAAACCUAGCCAAACGCGCGCGUCAACAUGUCCUGCUUCCCGAUCAGCUGCGCGUCUCAGCAUAAACUCAUCUCGAAGUAUCCUAAUGUCGUUCAGCCGCACGACUUACGGUCCGACCGAUCCUCGUCUUGCGUGCCAUUCCCCGCGCGCAAGGCUUCACCUUUCGUUGCAUGCGACCCUGCCUUUUGGCGCUUGUUUCAAGCGGCCGGUCCGAAGCUUCGAGUUCUCGCCCAGGACCAGACGGAGCACGGGAACAGCUUCCACGAAGCGGGAGUUUGGUCCGAACAGACCCAGAGUCUAUUCUUCACUAGCAACAGGCGGGUUGACGAACGAGGAGAAGCGUAUACCACGCUGAGUCGCAUGGAUCUCAGCAAGCGUGCGCGAGCCGGGAGCAGACUGCUUCAGUGGCAAGACCUCGACCAGGACGAAUACCCUUUCCCGACUCCGAACGGCGGGACCAUCUUGCCGAAUGGCAACAUCUUGCUCUGCGAUCAAGGUCGAGGUGAUGAUCAGCUGUCAUCGCUCGUCGUGGUGGAUCCGACCGGAAAGCGACGACCGCGACCCGUACUCAAUAAUCAUCAGUUGUUGCCCUUCAACAGUCUCAACGACGUGGUCGUAGUCCCGCCUGUCUGCAGCGCUUCGAAUGGGUCACACGAAUCUGGCUAUCAGUGCUCGGGAAACAAGGAGGUCGAAGACGAUGCUGCCAGCUUGGGCCUGUCGGAAGGCUAUGUGAUACUCUUCACAGACCCUUCCUAUGGGUACGAACAGCGUUUCAAACCCGCUCCGCGCUUGCCUAACCAGAUCUAUGGCUUCGAUCCAAACACGGGCGAAGUAAAGGCACUGGCGGAGGGGUUCGAUAAACCCAAUGGCAUCGUGGUGGACGAGAAGAGGAAGAGGUGUUAUAUCACGGAUACGGGAUAUAUACGGGGAGACGGAAGCACAUGUGGAACACGCCCUGGGACGAUUCACGUCUUCGAUAUAGAACCUCGAAGUGACGAAGGAAUUCCCUUUGAACUGGUCAACAAACGGUUGUUCGCCUCCGUUGAUUGCGGCGCGCCAGACGGCAUAAAAUUGGAUACCGAGGGAAACGUCUACGCCGGAUGUUUCGAUGGCGUACAUGUUUGGUCUUCAACCGGAACGCUGCUAGGCAAAAUCUUGUUAUCGGACGAGACUGGCGGACAAGCUGGGUGUGCCAAUCUCUGCUUCAUACCAGCAGGUCUAGUCUGCAUGGCAGAGAGUAGGCUGUUCUUGGUCGAAGGGUUGGAUGUACACGGGGCGUUGUUGUGAUAAGGGAAUCGGGAGAGCGCACGCGCUGGAUCGAGAAUCGCCUGAGUAUACCCCGUCGACACGGUCAACGACGAAUUGCAUCGAAAUACGAUAACGAAACC